AUGGCUCGGGGGCCAGGAAAGGCCCGCGACUUCGAUUUUUCGAAUGUGGGGACCACCGGACGACGGACCGGUAUCACACUCGCGGAGGGACGACGCGACGAGCAUGGAAUGGAAGAAGUGGACGGCCUCUUUUCGUCCCCGGAGAAGUCGCCUACGAAGUUGAACGGGUUUGAAGAGGACGAAAGUGACGCUUCUAAAAUGCGCCUGGCCCUAUGGACUUUCUCAAAGCUUCGAACCGCACACGCGAGUCUCUUCUUGCCCCGCCCCCCCGGAUCACCUGCGAAGCGUUCUCCUCGAAAGUCUCCCGUGCUGCGAUCUUCGCCAGAACUGGAAAAUGAAUUCGUGUCCUCCAGUCCUUCGGAUGGCAAAGGCCUGACUGAAGCGCGUCAAGACCCUAGUCCGUUGUCCACUCGCUCGGUGAACGCAGGUGUGUCAAAUUCAAAGAGUGAUUCGCGACCAACAAAGGCGCAGCUGGCAGCAGAAUCGGUUGAUGUGCACGAUUUUUCGGACGGCGAGGGGGAUGAAAACGCAAAUUCAUUCGGUCAGCUCCAAGACGAUUUCGGCGAUAGCUUUGAUGCUGGCAACGGAUCUAUCGUUCGCGAUGAUGAGGUGCCCGAGCAGGACCUGAGUACCGAGUCAUCCCCAGCCGCUCCAGCCGCUGCGCUCUCGCGCCCAACAGACAAGAAACCGUUGACUGCCAAGCGAUCGAGAAAAGCGCCUACAGCGAACGCUUCACAACCAAGCAAUGAUCCGCCAAAGCGACGGGGACGGCCUCCAAAAACUCAACGCCCUGCUGCUGAUGAAGGCACCGAUGCCAGGCCACCCAAGAAGCAAAAGACUUCAACUGGGGAGCCUCGAACCACACGUGAACAGCUGGCCCCGGAGCUUGACCGGGUGAUUGAGAACUACGCCCAACGUUCAGGUCCAUUGAAAGGACGCAGUUUGUACAUUCUCAAGCGUGAAAACCCCUCUGAUACUAGCGCCACACACACUCGCUCGGGUCGGGUCUCUGUACGACCUCUUGCAUACUGGCGAAACGAGCGGUGUGUGUUUGGUGAUGAAGAGGCUGCCGAGGGACAACGCUUCCCACUUUCGACGAUCAAAGAAGUCAUCCGGACCGAAGAUGCCGAACCGGAUCAGCAGAAGAAAGGCAAGCGUCCGGGCCGAAAGUCCAAGAAAAACAAGCAGAGGGAAGAAUCUUCCGAUGAAGAAGACGAAGAAGCCGAUAUUUGGGAGAAAAGAAGGGGUUCUUCACGGUUAUGUGCCGAAAUGGGACCCCAAGGCACAAGCCAGCACCUCGGAGGAGGAACUCCUUUUGACUCCUCUGCAUCUCGUGCUGAUGAUAAAUUAGACAUUGCAUACGCUCCUUCUGGCAUUGAAACCAGAGAAGUCAAAGAUUCUACGUUCAGGUUCGCCAAGCUGCUAAGCUCUUCUUUCAUUGGAUCGGGAGUCGUUGAGCUUCCCCCCGAAGGUGUGAAGAAGCCGAAAAACUCGAAGAAGAUGCACAUGGUCUUCUAUGUUUGCCAUGGCCGUGUUCAAGUCGACAUUUCGGGUGUGCAAUUUAGCGCUGGCAAAGGAUGCGUCUUCCAGGUUCCUCGAGGCAACUAUUAUAGCUUCAUGAACCAGCACAGCAGAGAAGCUCGUCUUUUCUUCACACAGGGCUGUGUACCUGGUGAGGAUGAAACUUCUGCUUCCAAGCAUGAUGUGCAGGAAAGCGAAUUUGAACCAGAGAGCGCCACUCCUGCUCCCCCCGCGAAGACUCGAGGUCGGCCUAAAGGCAAGCAAAAGGCCAAAUGA